AUGGGAUGUUCUGCCAGUACACUAGCCGAAGACUCGCAGGCGUAUAGCAAGCAGCGCAUGAUGUCAGAGGCCAUUGACCGCCUGCUUUUGCUCAGUCUGGAAGCAGAACAUAAGCAAACACGGAUGUUCCUUUUGGGUGCUGGAGAAAGCGGCAAGUCAACAGUGCUCAAGCAGAUGAGACUUUUGCACAAGAACACCUUCUCUGAUUUUGAGCGCCGCCAGUAUGCCGAAGUCAUCUGGCUAGGCUUGGUGGAGGCCAUGAAAACUCUUCUUCUCAAUGCGCGCAAGUUCCACAUUCCGCUUGCGUGCGAUCAGCCUGGGUCACCACUCGAGCCUCACAAACGAGUGAUUUGGCGUACGCGUAACGCAGCAACUGAUCACGAUCCUCUGGUUGGCGACUUUGAUUUUGGCCUGCGAGCUCCUCCACAGACGUAUGACACCGCGCACUUGCUCAGCGAUUCGUGGCGCGACGAUGCGUUUGACAUGUCGUCUCUGGGAGCUCUUCAGGGACUCCAGGGCGGCUCGCAAAGGCCGCUGGCGCUGGGCACGCCGCCAUCGCGUGACCAGAUUGCACGGGCGGUAGAGGCAUUGUGGGCGCAAGACCCGGGAGUGAGGAGGUCGCUCGCUCAAUCACAUCGUUUCCAGAUGGAGCUGCUGGCUGCUUACUAUUUUGAUAAUGUUCACAAGUUUAAGGAUACAACAUAUCGUUGUUCAGACGAAGACAUUCUCCGGGGGCGUAUCAAGACCACGGGGAUCACGGAAAACUCUUUUCUUAUACGCAACGGCGUGCUCAAGGUGCUUGAUGCUGGUGGACAACGCUCAGAGCGUAAAAAAUGGAUCCACUGCUUUCAAGACAUUGAUGUGGUGUUGUUUGUGUUGGCUGUUCUGGAAUACGAUCAGACGCUUUAUGAGGACACGCGUGUUAAUCGCAUGCACGAGUCGUUUGCGCUUUUUGAAGCGUUAUGCAAUUCCCGCUGGUUUCACAAGACGCCGUUUAUUUUGUUCUUGAACAAAGUUGAUCUUUUGGAAGAGAAGCUCCCGCGACUGCCCAUCACGAACUACUUCCCUGAUUACGACCGUGAUCCAAAUAGUGUGGGGGAUGUUCUCGAUUACAUGGAAGCGGCAUUGUUACGUUUAAACAAGAGCAAGAAGCCGGUCUAUGUCCACCGCACAUGUGCCACCGAUACGGCUGGAAUGAGUUUCGUGCUCAGCGCGGUCACAGACAUGAUCAUCCAGCAGAAUUUGAAAGAGAGCGGCAUUAUGUGA